AUGGGUGGCGCUCACGGUGAGAAGGGCGAACAUGGGACGCCAUUGGAUUCUGAUUUUUCGGAUGAUUCUGAAAGCCAGUCAUCAGAUGACGAUGUGAAUGUGAAGUCAGACACUGACUACAUCCAUUUCGUGAAUGCCUACACCAAGCACCCCAAGUUGAAGGAGGUUGGUCUGACUCUUUUAGUCGAUCAUUCUGGACGCAUCGCCAAGCGCCCUACGAUCAAAGAUGUGGUGGCCAAUCGGCAUGUCUCCAGAUUCCGUAGACUCCUGAAAAAAGCUACGCGUGCGAAGAACAAGAAGCUCCAGCGCAUGAAGGAUUACGCAGUGAAAAUCGGUUGGCCUUUGCCCAAGGGUGGCCGUGGAGAUCCAGCCAACCUGUCCGAGAUUCCAGACAUCAGGACAUCGUCAUCGAGCAGUGGUUCCAUGGUGUCGGGCCUUGGAUCGAGCGAGGUUUCGGCCCAGAGUUCGAUUAUGGCCAAGUUGGUUCGGGUGGCAGACCAGCUUAAGGCCUUCGAGGUUGGUAAGUCUCCGGGGGAGACUUCGCCCGUUGGUAAGGAUCCCCCCCUAGUGGUGGGCGCCGAGUCGAAAAUCAAGGAGAAUAAAAUCAACCAGGGAAAAGUCAAAUUGGCUCAGAUCUUCCAAAAGUCUAAGAUGAGACGAUUGAGUGGAGCUGGAGCUGCACAGUCGGAUCCAGUGUCCCCCGAACAAAAGCAUGCUGAUGGGAAUUCUGGCUCACCAGGGGUCCCAGACUAUGUCCUUUGUCUCUAA